AAGCAAAUGUUGUGGCGUGAGGACUGGGGUUGGUAUUUGUGAGACCUCUGGUUCUUUCCACUUCCACGAGUAGCGCCGGCUGCAUCUGUUUUUCUUGGCUUUUCACCUUCCUCUAAACCCGCGACAGCUUAACUCCUUGAGCUUCCUUCCUUGUACAUCCACUGUCCAGUGUUCGCCUGAGGCGAUUCCAAAUCAGCAUCCAACUUGCCAUCUCAUCGACAGUUAGAGGGCGGCGACCAUUCCUGCCGAGUGGCGAGAGAAGGAUCGACUACGUCCUGAUGUCUCUUCACAUCGGUAAUCUAUCUGCGCGCACUCGAAGAGAUGAGCUUGAGCGUGUCUUCUGUAGAUUUGGACAUUGUAACGUUCGGCUGAAAGGAGAAGGCUAUGGUUUUGUGGUAUAUGACUUCCCUCCAGAUGCAGAGAAAGCUUUGAUAGCACUGCAAGGCAGAAAUAUAUGUGGGGAGCAGCUAACUCUCACGUGGUCAAAGAAACAACCCAAAUCGUUUCAAAGGUUUGCUAGGAGUGGUCGAAAUUAUGAAAUGCAACGAGUGAGGAAUUCUGAUAUAGCAGGCAUUGCAAGAAGGAAAAUGAAUUUAAAUGGAUGGAGGAAUUUCAAAAUUGGUAAUGAUGUAAGGAAUAACUCAGUUGACAUGCCUAGUGGAGAGAGGGAUUAUCAUCAUGAUGAUUUUAAAGAUUUUGAUGGGGAAGAAAAAGAUUACAGGCAAGGCUUUUCAGAUGAUGGAGCAGGAGCCUGUCAUAACUUUGAGGACAAUGGUAGGUGGGGUGAGUCGAUUCAUGACUCAUCAAUUGACAAUGGGAAUGAAAAUGCUGUUGAUUUUGAUCAAUAUGAACCUUAUCAUGGUUAUGACAAGAAGCAUGAGAAUGAAAAUCACCACUUAGGUUACGCUAGUGAUUCUCCUGCAGAAAACUCCCAUAAAAAUGGGGGUAGAGCAAGGAUUGGUGAUGAGACUUCCAACCAUCCACGUCACCGAGUGUAUGGGCAAACUUGUUAUAGAUGUGGUGAUACAGGUCACAAAAUGCGUAACUGUCCUAAAAACAGUUUAUCCCGCAGAAAAUACAGCAGGUGGGAUGAUGGGCAAGCUGAUAAAAUAAAUUGGAAACGUAGGUUUGAAGAUGAUUCCAAUAAAUUUGGAUCUGUUCUCUGGUGAAGCUGCAGUCAGGUGGAGAUACUUCAUUAAUGAAGCACCAGAAGAAUGAGAGUAGGUUGUCUCGUUCACGUCACUACCAGACACCAGAAAAUAAAUUCUCCCCUACAGCAAAGGAUAUUGAGCAGUCUCAAAGAAAUGAGUAUGAAGGAAGAAAGCGUAGUGGGAAGGAAAUUGGAUCUCCUAGAAGAUCUCAUGGAAAGAAAGCAAGAAGGUCAAUCUCUUUGCAUUCGGAUCAUACUGCUUCUCUUGUGAACUCAAUUUCUCAAUCUUCCAAGUCUUUGCAAAGGUCCCAUAGCUAUUCUAGAUCAAGAACAGCUUCUUCUAGUGCUCAUUCCUCGUCCCCAAAUUUAAGGCCUUCAAAAUCUUAUGAUUCUAUGGACAGAAGCCCAAAUUUUAGAAGGUCAAGCACCCCCUCAUCUCUAUCUGUAUCACUUGGUCGGCCUCUACCAUCAUCUUCAAAUAAAAUUCAUCUGAAUUCAAAAGGCUCAACUUUGGAUGCUACUGCUCCCAAAUCCAUGGAUAAUUUGGUUGGACAGGGACAACAGAUUGGCAGAAAUUUGGAAUCAGAGAAUGAUAAAUCCAAAGAUACUAUUGCUGUCAAUGGUAAUGAUGCAUUAUAUGCCAACAUUGUGGAUGACAUGGGAAAGGACCAAAUUGCACAAGAGGACGAUAAUGAAAGUGAUACUCUCUUUGGCAUGUCUGACAAAGGAACAAGUUUCACCAAAGCACUGCCGGAUAAGGAUACACUAGAUGCUGAGAAUUUGUCUUCAGAGAUGAAGCAGACAGAGAGCUUCGAGCAUCCUGGAUUGUUGGUUAUGGAUUAUAUGCCUCCAGGAGUUGAGAAACCAGCUUCAGAAACUCAUGCCAAUGUCACUUCUUCAGCAGCAAUAUCCUCUGAGGAGAUACGCAUGGUUUUUAAGCACUAUGGCCUGGAACAUCCCAAAGAUGAUGAAGAAAAUUUAGCAGUGGAUGACUUAUUUGGUUCUGCUCGGUUGUGGCCCUGGCAUAUCAUUUAUUACCGCAGGCUGAAGAAGGGACCAAUUUCAGUUGAGAACUAUGCAAGGCGAGUUGCUCAAAAUCAAGAAUUUGGUAUUAUUGAUAAGUAUGUUAGAAGUAGCAGUGGGUGGGGAGAGUUCAUCCUGGGGAACUCACAAUAAUGCUGCCUGUCACCAGUAAUGCCCCUUUAGUGGACUUGUCUGCAUGGAAUCGCAGUAUUUUAUGUUUGCUCUUGCUGGGCACUAUCUGGUGUUUAGAUUUGAAUUCCUUAAAAAGGUUUAGCAAGAAUUUUGCGCAGGUAGCCAGGUAGGUAAUUAUGCAAAUCAUAAUGUAAUCCGUAUUGCUAUACAUACUUGUAGUCCUCAGAAUCAGUAUCUUAAAAAAAAUAUAUGACAUAUAUAAAAAUGCCAGUGCAUUGAAAUGUUUGUGUUUACAUC